UGAGCCGAGAUACUCGUAGUUCUACUCAUCUUCUGAAAGGCUUGCUGUCACAGUAUUUAGCUGGGAUCAGGAGUUAAUUAUUCAGCUGCUAAAAAGACAAUUGUAGCCGGGUAUCAUGAAUAGACUUGUCGAAGGAGGCCACUGACAUUCCGUUUCAGAAAAGGAGUUUGAUUGCAGAGAGAUUCAACAGGUGAUCGUACGUUCUACCGUCACCAACUACACACAGCCAUUUGGUCGCUUGUCCAACAGAGUCCAACGACUGCGGAUAUAGCGACAUGCCCAGAGCAAAGUCCCUUCCAACCAUGGCGGCCAAUUUGCAGAAGAAAAAUGGAGGCCUGUACUGUGGUACAUGCCAUGAGACCAUCGCCAAUGACGAGAGAAUGGUCAUACACCGGUCAACGAAAGCUCACCAUAGGAUGAUAGAGCGUAACUUUGCCGGGUCACCGUCCCUGUUGGUUCACCACUGUGAUGCCUGUGAAGCUACUGUUGCCAGUAUGGCCGACUUCAGGGCUCACAUCAACACGGAUGGACACCGCACCCGCAUGGGCGCGCUGCAGCGACGAUGCAACCUGCGGCAAUCACACAGCAAGUUCGUACCUGGUGGCACAUCCACCUCACAGCCAGGUGUUACAAAGCGCUCUAAUUCGUCCGGGGGCCCGGGCCCAGCGAGCGGCACGCUAUCCUCAUCAGCGAACUCAAGCUUGGAUGACCAGGCAUCAUCCGCGUCGUCUUCGACUACUAAUGGUACUGCACCGCUCAAUGCGGGCACAUCCAUCAUUCAGCAGCUAGUGGCGAAGGGGCGCGCAGCGACGAUGACUGAGCACUCGCACGGAGACCCUACACCCAGGACGGACACAUCGUCAUCGCAUGGCCGACCUCAUGGUGGGGCCAGCGGAGGAAGAGGUGGACGGCAACAUGGACGGGGGUUCGGCGGAAACCACCUCAGGCCCCAGCGAAGUGUAACUGGAGCGAACACCGAGCCUCUUCGACCGCGAGCAGCUCCAACGAGUGCCGUGCCUGCUGCUUCCUCAGCAGCGACAUCGGGUACCCCUAUCACAAACGGUCAAAGUUCCGGAGACAGUCGUUCCGUGUCGGCCAGUCAGCACAGUGUGGCGAUUGUGCUUGAUGGCAGUGACAGCGAUACCGAUGCAGAGGCUAGAAGGCGCAGUAGAAUUCGUUUGCAGUGUCAAGUGCGAUUGCAAGAUGGUGGUCAGUGUGGUGGAGUAGUUCCACUUGGCAGCCAUUAUUGCUCGUUCCACAGCAACAGGGCUGCACCUGAUGCUGGUCAGCUGGCGAUGGCUGACGAAUGUGGAUCAGCCGCUCCCAUAUUGACUUCUCUGCUGUCACCAACGAUACCAGCAGCAGUAGCAGCGCCUGCUGCGGCUAAUCGUGAAAACAACGACGCUGACCACGGGGUCGCCAGGCUGACUUCCAAUAAGCGGCGUGCGCCCGAGGCACCAGAAGCCGCGGCCAAGAGAUCUUAUUCUGGCACUUCCGCCAACGCCGUGCACGCCAACGGUGGCCAUUCUGUGGGUUCACCAGCGGAACCACCUCUGGAAAGGGACAUGUCACGCCACAUGUCUUCUUGCACGUCUACUACCCCAGCAGCUGAUGUUGCUUCCUCCAGUACAGCUGGUGCUGCUCACGUACGUGAAGCAGCGGCAGGUGCUGAUGCAGGUCCUCCUGCCACUCAGCCUCCAGGUUCUCCUGCCACUCAGCCUCCAGGUCCUCCUGCCACUCAGCAGUCGCGUCCUCCCGCCACUCAGCCUCCACACCGUCCUGUUGCAGCUGCACAGGUAGAGGCGACUGUGAGAAGCAAUGGCACGGCUGCUGCACCUCCUGAUAGAGUUGCGGAUCAUGCCGGUCAUCUAGCGGGCAUCAUGGAAGCAGAAAGUGCUCUGGUGCACAAGCGGCGUAUAGUUGCGAUAGAGGAGGUCCGCCUUAUGACAGAAAUGGACCGCCUUAAUCGGCAGCUGAUGGCAUGCAGGGGAGAGUUUGGAAAGAUUGACAUGGCUCUGCGGGAUCUGAAUGAGAAGAGGCAUGCUGUCUUAUCUAGCACCAUUGCUAAUCACCCAGCUGCGUCCAGUCUGUCAAGGCCUGUGUCACCAGCCUCUGUCGGUGAUCGCCCUGCUGCUGCUGUUGUGAGCACAUCAAGUGGCAAUCCAACCACAGCAACAGCAAUGCCCACAGCAGAGCAACGGCAGCAGCCCACUCCGGAGACAGUGUCGUCAAGGGCAUCGAGCCCAAUGCCUGGAGAACCUACAUCAGCAGGGAGAAUCAAGUCGGAGCCCAUGGAUGAGAUUAGUGCAACUCCAAACUCGGUGCCACCCACGGAGAACACCGAGGUGGUGGCCAUUGGUGCAGCAUCAGCGGAAAUUGCCCCCAUCGUCCACAUUGGCAGCGGUCACAGGAGGGGCACGAGAGGUAUUCUCAGUGCUGCCGGUCCUGCUGCUGGAGCCGACCCUGGCCUCGGCGUGCCAAGUUCUCUUGCUGCCCGUCCUGGGACUUCAGAGAGUGCAUCUGCUCCUGCUCAUACGGGUCCUGUGGAGCAGAACAGCGGGUUCAACCAGGAACAGCAGAGGGAAUUUUUCCGCCAACAGCGGAUAAGAGAGCGACUGGAGUGGCAGCAACAGCAACAGCAGGCAGUGAGCCCAACAGCUCCAGUGCAGCAACAAGGAAAUGGAUCACAGCAGGUACCAAGCAGUCAAGUGAUCAUCGAUGCCGAGAUAGAAACUCCUGAGCUUGAGCAAAGGGAGCAGGAGCACCAAGAAGAAGAAGAACGACGUGGGCAGGAGCAACGUGAUCAACAGCAAAGGGAACGGGAACGCAAUGAACAAGAGAGGCAUGAGCGUGAACAGCGCGAGCGUGAACAGCGCGAGCGUGAACAGCGCGAGCGUGAACAGCGCGAGCGUGAACAGCGCGAUCAGGAGAAGCGCGAACAGGAGAAACGCGAGCUGGAGCGCCGUGAACUGGGGAAGCGCGAACAGGAGAAGCGCGAACAGGAGAAGCGCGAACAGGAGAAGCGCGAACAGGAGAAGCGCGAACAGGAGAAGCGCGAACAGGAGAAGCGCGAACAGGAGAAGCGCGAACAGGAGAAGCGCGAACAGGAGAAGCGCGAACAGGAGAAGCGCGAACAGGAGAAGCGCGAACAGGAGAAGCGCGAGCAGGAGAAGCGCGAGCAGGAGAAGCGCGAGCAGGAGAAGCGCGAGCAGGAGAAGGGCGAGCAGGAGAAGCGCGAGCAGGAGAAGCGCGAGCAGGAGAAGCGCGAGCAGGAGCGCCGUGAACUGGAGAAACGCGAGCAGGAGAAACGCGAGCAGGAGAAACGCGAGCAGGAGCGGCGCGAGCAGGAGAAGCGUGAACAGGAGAAACGCGACCAGGAGCGACGCGACCAGGAGCGACGCGAUCGAGAGCGACGUGAGAAAGAGCGCCGUGAGCAGGAACGAAGGGACAAGGAGCGGAGAGAACAAGAACGUCGUGACCGAGAACGAAAAGAGCGAGAGCGGAAAGAAGAGGAUAGACGGGACCGGGAACGCAGAGACAAGGAGCGGAAAGAGGAGCAGGAGCGUCAAGACAAGGCCCGAAGAGAGAAGGAGCGACACGAGCGCGAGCGGAGUGAGAAAGAGAGACGGGAUCACCCAAGAGAAGAUCGGCGCCGUGAUGAAUCGAGGAGAGACGGCGUGGAAUCUCGUCAACGACAGGAAGGAAGGGACCCAGAUCAUCACCAUCAUCAUGAGCAAGAAUCUAGUGCACACUGUGAGAGGGAGCACAGAGAAGCCACUCUGAAAGAGAAAGAACGUAACCAAGCACAGGCGCAGCGCAAUCAUGUUCCGCCAUCUCAGUACUCUGUCCUGGAAAGGGUGGUCAACAAAGCACUGGCAGCAGUAGCUCAGCAAAGUCCCGCAGCCCCUGCAGAUAGGCAAGCUGGCCAAGUGCCGGAAGCACUGCAGGCCACCAAGACGCCGGACACCGCUGCGCGCACGCCGCAGUCCAGUGCGAGCGUUGCGAACACCGCCAGCACGUCUCACCACGGCUUUACGCCCUACCACAGUCCGCUGCCGGCCGUAACGAACGCCUCGCAGCUGCUCAGCAAAGUCAGCAAACUGAAGUCUAUUGUCCAGGUGGUGCAGGAGCAGCAGUCGCGGGACAAGGAGCAGCGGUCUUCUUCAGCACCCUGUUCACCAUCGAGCACUGAUUCCCUUUCACUGACAUCCUCUCCGAAUCAGCAUGCAGCCAGUCGCACCUCUCAGCGUAGCGACUCCCUUCCCAGUACGAUGACAGCAUCAUCAAAAUCGUCUGCAAAUGAGCCGGUAAGAAGCGAAGCUCAUGCACCGGAUGCCUCUGGGCGGCAGGGAGUUGCUGCCAGUGGCGAUGCGGUUCCAAGAGAUCCCCGUUUGAAAAUGGCGGCGUCUUUGAAAAACACGCCCUCCAUCGCCUCAGCCAAACCAGCUUCCCAAGCUGCUCCUGCCAACAGUGCGGCAGCUGCUUCUACUACUGCUGUUGCUGCUGCUGCUGCUGCCACCCCUGAGCAGCAUAGACCACCUCCAGAAAGCCUGUCAUUGUCACAGCGCAGUGGACAUUCAGCGAACAACUCUGUCCGCUCCUCACCUGCACACUCACCGCACAUGUCGCCAACUCGCACACAGAAUCCAGUAGUACGUGUGGCACAGCCUGCCGGCCAGGCACAGCUCUACCAGGAGCACCAGCAGCAACAGCUGAGGUCAGCGAAUGCUGUACAAACCGGCAGCCACGCCAAACCUAGCCAACAAUCCCACGUGUCCACUGCCGUGUCUUCACCGCACUCGAACAACGGCGGCAGUCACGGUGCUGCACGCUCUCCGUCCGUUCCCGGCCAGCCGAAUCGACAUGCAGGCUCUCCAGCAGCGCCUGUUCCACCCGUGUCUGCACUCUCGCCGGUUCCUGGUCGCGCCGGGGUCGCCAAUGUGACUCCAGCGACAAACGGAACAGUCCAGAGUCCCUCACAUGCUAAAACUCUGUCGACUGCCCCUGCCUCGGCACCCCCGGCUUCUGUUCUGAGACGGACCCCGCAGCCACAACAGCUAGCACCACCACCUGUCGUAGCACCUCCAACUGCCAUACCACCUUCAACUGGUUCCAGUGCUAGUCCUGGUGGCGCUCGAGUUAACGUUGAGCAGCUCUUGGAAACGCUGAUGAGGUCAACACCAACGGUGCCUCCUGCAGCCAGACAAUCAUCUUCUACCACCCAAUCGGUAACUUCAACGGCGUCGGCUAGCACUGCUGGUUCAGCAUGUGGAUCUCAUGCCAGUUCUCCCUCUACGCCUAGUGCAGCUGCUCCUGCCGUCCAGCGGCCUGGUGGUGUCGGUCUGAGACCCCCGCCUCCAUCUCCUCCCUUGCCCACUACUCUCAGCCUGCAAUCGUCUGUUGAUGCCACUGCUGGCCAGAAUAAUGACUCGGCUCUGCCAGAAGGGCAAGCACAGGCAAGUUUACCGGUAGCUAGAACCGAUCAAGCAACAGCUCAGCAGGUACAGGCACCAGCAGCAGCGGGCAAUGGCCACACAACACAAGGUCAAACCAAAAGCACCGGUGUCCUACAGUUCAAGAUUGGCAAGAUUAAUGCGCAUAAGCAACCUGUCUCGUGCAUCAAGUACUACGGCGGGCUGAUGUUCACGGCUUCGGAAGACAAGAUGUGCUAUGCAUUCGAGCAGGCUAGUGGGAAGCGUGUGAGAAGUUUCGAAGGUCAUCGCAAGGGCAUUACGUGUAUGGAGGUGUUUGAGGUGUCCAAGGAGCCCAAGCGCGUCUAUCUGAUGACGGCGUGCAAUGAUUCCAGUCUGCGUCUCUACAAUGCCGGGACGGCAGAAUGUCUAGCUCAAUACAAGCUGGACUGCAGAGUCCUAUGCAUGGUGAUGGGAAAUGGAGUGCUCUAUGCUGGCCGCGUCGACGGCAAAGUCAACAGCCUGCGUUGCGACGACUCGCUGGUACAGAACAGCUCUGACCUCUGUGAGCACGUCAUCCACCCAUCGUCCAAAAUCAGUGCCAUGUGCAUGGCCGAGGUCGACGGAGAGCCUUGCCUUGUCUCCGGCUGUUUCAACCAGGUCGUCUCGGUGUGGAAUGUGCGCCAGCUGAACAAGGCCAGGAUGACGAUGACCAAUGUGUCACAGGUUGUGCUGUGCUUGCAGGCUGUUGGCAACGAGCUGUACAGCGGGGGUAAUGAUCACUACAUUCGCGUGCACGACCUCAAGACUGGCAUACAGCUGAGGUCCAUGGAGCAUCCACAGCCGGUCAGUAGUCUCGUGGCAGUCAGGUCGCGUGGCAAGUCCAUCGUCUUUUCAGGGUGCCUAGAGUCCGAGGGCUUCAUUCGCUGUUUCAAUGGACAGUCGUGUGAAAAGAUGCAGGCGUAUGGCGGUCUGUACAACCGGACCUUCUCGCUCUGCCUUGUGUCGAACGCCAUGAUCGUGGGAUGUCGUGAUGGCACCAUCCAUACGCUGCUGAUCAAGCUCAAUCAGUUCUUCGUCUGCAAGUGGCGUGACUGCGAUUUCAAGUGGGCAUUGGGCGACCGCAUGACUUUCGUCCAGCAUAUGCGCAAGCACAGCAAUGACCCGACGACAUGUCGCUGGGAGAACUGCAAUGAAAACCUGGCUGGUAUGGCUAAGAAAGAAGUGCUGAUGCAUCUCCAGAAGCACAUUCAAGCACAGAAAAUCCAACACAGGUAGACAGCUGCUGGUGGGAUGAAGACCGAUAUGCAGUCGCGUAGCAGUUCUCCUGUUUACGCUCAUCGUCCGUUGCAUGUCCAUGUUAUGCUUCAGCGGCUUUCUGGAGAUGUGUUCUGUUGACUUGGCCGGACUCUCUAUGCAUGAAUGCAUAGCAGUUCUCCUGUUUAGGCUCAUUGUCCGUUGCAUGUCCAUGCAAGACGUCAGCGGCUUUCUGGAGAUGUGUUCUGUUGACUUGGCCGGACUCUCUAUGCAUGUAUGCGUAGCAGUUCUCCUGUUUAGGCUCAUUGUCCGUUGCAUGUCCAUGCAAGACGUCAGCGGCUUUCUGGAGAUGUGUUCUGUUGACUUGGCCGGACUCUCUAUGCAUGUAUGCUCCUUGUCUCGUUCUAACAUGUAUAGUAAGUCGCACCGCUGUACUCUUUGAUAGCCCUUGUGUGAAAUCCAUGUACAGUCAACUUCGCUAAUAACGACUGCGGAUAUAACGACAAUUCGCGAAUAACGACCGAAUUUCCAUGCCCAGAGCAAAGUCCCAUCUAACUGUAUACAUUUUACUUCGGAUAUAACGACUAUCUGAAUAACGACAAUUCGCGUAUAGCGACAUGCUUUUAGUGCCCCGAGGUCAUAUUCACUGCUUGAAUAACGACUUUCUGGGCUUUUGACAGCUACAUGUAUUUCAAGUACCUGUCAGUCAAGUACAUGUACCUGUCAUGCAGAAGUACCAGAACCUAUGGUGCACCGGUGGCGGUGAUGGAUAUUAUUAUAAAGGCACACAUGCAAGAAAAUGCAGCCAAGGGGGCCGGGGGGCUUUUCUUCCUUUUUUAUGUUGGCUUCAAAAUUGUUGGAUUUACCAGCACACCUACAUGUAUAUGUAUACAAUGUACAUGUAGUUGUACAUGAUUGUACAGUAAUCAUCAUACAUGUACAUGUCUCUGGCCCUGUAUAGAUGGCUCAAAAAGGCAUAUUUUUCAAUUGAUUUCCCUUGCAUAUUGAAUUUUUAGUUCCUUUCAACUGCAAUAUGAAAAUAAAGUACACAUAUUGACAUAGAGCAAGAAAAGAGCUUGAUUUUGAUAUGCAUGUCAUACUAUACAAAAUAUGGGUUCACAUACAUUCAAAUGGGACUUCGGUUAUAAGGACACUUCGCGAAUAAGGACACUUUUCUGAUGCCCCGCCGAAUGUCGUUAUUGGCGAAGUUGACUGUACCUACGUUGAGGAGUUCGGAAAUCCAGUCAUAUCUCUCCCAUUGGUGGGUAUUCUUCAUUGAGUCAUUGAUUGACAAAGUGCAUUGGCGUGAUGUCGUCCUUUUGUCCUUUUCUUUCACUACUGUAGAAGCAUUCGUUUUCUUUUAAAAAAUGCAUGUGCGUGAUCAUGGUGAUGCGCUCCGUUUGCUGUCCUGCACCUUGAUCUUCGUCUGCUUGUCAGCUAAUCCAUGGUCCUGUCUGGAUGCGCGUACGUUCUGUUUCCACUGCCUGUCCUCUGGCUGUGUGCUGCUAUUCUGCUUAUCCGUGUGUUGCGUUUGUUGUCUACGGACGACAUCAUGACUACUACGAUGCAACUUUUAAACAAAAACCGAGUAUUUUCCACCAAACUUGAUGGGUGACUUCUGAUCUCUACUGUUGAGUGCUGUAGCCAUGGCCAUCCAUGUAGUACUGGAUUCUUGGAAUACAGUGGGACUCGCUUAGUGCGUACACUGAUAAGACCUA